AUGCCUUUCGUACCACCAAAAUCGCUCAAUAAACAGAAUCAAGGCACUGCUCCAGUUGACAGCCAAAAUUAUCGUGGGUGGCCCUUGGCAAAAAUAACCUUUGGAAUAUCAAAAAAGAAACAAGAUGAUUCAAAUACGAACACCAUUAAUUAUACGUUCGCAAGUCAGUCUAUCUCUACCUUCUCAACGAAUACGACUACGAAUAAGGCAACAAAUAAGGCAAUGAAUGAAAGGAAAUCUGAACCAAAAUUUAUUUCUAAAAAUAAAUCAUAUGAAUUAGAUCGUGAUAGUACCACAAGAAGGAAAUCAGCACCUGAGUCAUAUAUAAAAAAACCAAUUCUCCCAUCUCUCAAAGUCGACUUACUUACUCCAAUUUCAUCUGAAAUUCCUUACUUACCUAGGAAAAAAAAUGGUGAAGUAGUUAAAUCAUCACUUAAAAAGG